AUGGCGCGAUUGAUGGAUUUGAAAAUUGCCGAUUUACAAAGAGAGCUGGAGGAAAGAGAGUGCGACACGGCUGGAAAGAACGCUGAAUUACAAGAGCGACUUCGUAAAGCACCGAUUGAGGAAGGCGAGGACCCGGAUAUUUUCAUUUUUACCGGUGCAGGGGAUAUUGGUUUAAUGCUGCAAAACCUUUCGACCAAGUUAGAAAAUAGGCUCGUGGAAAAUUGUGAAAACCUAGAAGGAAAAACGAAAGUAUAG